CGGGGCAGAAGUGGAGGCUGGAGGGGAGGCAGCGGGGCAAGCGGCAGGGGAGGGGGGAGCACCCAUAACCGCAGAAGGGAAAGCAGGAACAGGGGCAGGGGCGGCUGCAGGAGGGGCGGCGGGUGCGGCAGCAGGGGAGGACUGCGCCCAGCCGCCCUGCCCACAGUCCUCCCCCCGAGAGGCCCAUGCAGCGGCGGGAUCUUGGAGGCCCCCGGGUCCCCUGCUGUGGUCUGGGGAGGCGAGGGAGGCGGGCGGGGCUGCCCACUCGGGUGGCGCUGCGGAGGGGCACUCGCCGGUUAUUCAGGGCCCCUCCCCCCACCUGGAGCGGCUCAGCUGGGGCGGCCAGGAGCUGCUGCUGGACCGCUCCUCGCACCCGGUGUUCCGGAGGGACAAGUCGGGCGGCUGGCUGCGGCUAGUGGGGGUGUACCGGCAGGAGGCGGUGGUGCUGCAGGAUCGCGCGCUGGCAGCCGCCCUGUUUGAGACGCUGGACGCCUACGUGCGGGUGCACCGCAUGGGCUGGCGGGAGCUGUUCUCCCACUUCGACUCCCAGCUCAAGGGCUGGCUGAGCGCCGAGGAGUUCGGGCGCCUGGUGGGCCACUUCCUGCCGGGGGCCACCCUGGCGGACGUGGAGUGCCUGCAGGUGGUGUUGGACGACAACCAGGGCAUCACCUACGAGAUGUUCCUAGAGUUGGCGCUCAUCUGCCGAGCGGAGGGGCAGGCGGUUCUGCGGGUGCGUAGUCCGGAGCCGCAGGGCGGGCCGCAGCAGGAGGCGCCGGCGGACCCGGCAGAUGCCGCCCAAGAGGACAUGCGGGCCGCCUCCACUCGGCCCCAUGCCGCCUCCACUCGGCCCCAUGCCGCCUCCGGACGCAGCGGCGCUCGGCUGCCCCAGCGAGAUCAGCAGCCCGGCUGGUUCCGCGACCCGGCGGGUCGGUUUGCCUCCGGCGAGGCCCGAGGGAACGCAGGCCAGCAGCAGCAGCAGCAGAAGGCCGGCUCGCAGGGCAGCCACAGGCAACCUGCUCACGGCAGCAACAGCAGCAGUCAUGCGCCACAUCCGUACGGCAGCCGCAUCUCGGCGCCUCCACACAGCGGACAAGCGCCGCCCGGCGCCUUCAGCAGCAGCAGCAGCAACGGUGGCGGUGGCAGCGGCGGCAACAACAGCUACCGGCCGUCAUCAUACGUCAGCAGUCAGAAGACCGCACCGCACGGCGGCCAUGCACGACCCAUGCAGGCAGGAGGACCGGGGGCCGGGGGGGCAGGAGGCGGCAACGGAGGGGGCAGCGGAGGCGCCCUGAGGCCCACCGCUGCCAUGCGGCAAUCAGCGCCCGACCCGCGGCGUCACCAGCCUCACGGCGCUGCCCUGCACCAGCCCGCGCCCACCCCCUUCCAGCAGGCCCAGGCUCUCCUAGCCGCACUUGGGCAGCUAGGCGGGAGCCCCCUGCUGCAGCCCCGGGGCAGCCCCAUGAAGCAAAUCCGCGCUAGCUCCGCCCGGCCGCUUCAGGCCAGCAGCGCUGCAGCACGGCAGGAGCAGCUGCAAGGCGGUGCAGUACGACCCGUGUCAGGCGGCCCCCCUGCGAGCCCGCUCACCUACAUGCACCCCCUGGCGCUGCUGCCGCCCAAUGAGCCACUUGUACGGCGGUGAAUGCGGUGAUGUUGCGCGAUACGUUGCCUAGAUGAAAGAUGAUGUGCCGAGUGUAGUCCCCUGAGAUACAGAGAGCAUCAACUGACUAAACUCAUGGCAUAUAUGAUUGAUACGGGCAUUCGGUUCAGACAUUGACUGUUCAACGGCGGUGCGGAGAUGAUGGGGGGCUGGCGGAGGUAGUGCUGGUGGCGGUGUGGGGUGUCUGAUGAAGAAGUGGUUGAUACGGCUUACGAGAUACAUGCUGAGCGGCUGGGCCGAUGGCGCAUUGCAUACGGUACCCUAAGGAGCGGGCUCAGGAGUUUCUUAGUAUGGCGUAUUUGAUAAGGUUACGGAGGGUAAAUCGGCGCGUACAGCAUGCUAAUCACAGCAGACGGCUGGUUAACGAAGUCUAUAAGGUAUUGCCGUGUAGCAAAAGCCGCAUGCAACAGCACAGCCUUG